AUGAGUAGGAGGUCCAAUGGGUUCGAUAAAUCCCAAAUGGACGAUGGGUCCACGACCAAGGUGAGAGACGUGGUCGAGGCCAAGACAAUGCCAGGAGGAGACGAGACCAAGGUAAUGCCAGGAGGAGACGAGACCGGAGGAGAUGAGACCAAUAAGGUUCUUGUAGCAGUACCAAUACCAGGAGCUGUGCCAGAAUCAGAAACAGAAAAUGAAACUGGCUGGUUGGCCCGGAAUGAAAGCAAUGAAGACGAUGACACGGAUGAAGACGAUGAAGACGAUGACGCGGAAGAGACGGAUGACUCUGAUUGGGAUCCCCGUAGGCCCCAGAGAAGGGUCCGUAGCACCAACACCAAAAAGGACACUACCGAAAGGAACAGUACUAGGACGACGAGGAGGAAUCCUGCCAGGGGUGGUGGAAACGCGAUGAGGGUCCAACUCCUAGAGUCCAGGAGGCAACUGAACGGACAGGGCUUAUUGUUCCCCUCCCAGGAACAGAAGAAGAUUUUACGGCAGCGGGAAAAGGCCCGCCUGGAGAUAGAGGAACAACAGAAAAAAACUAUGUGGCAAGCAGAGGCAGAGGCAAAGUUGAAGAAAUGGUCUAUGGUACCAGAAAAUGAAACCUUGCUGUUGGUGUCUAUGCUCGCCUUGAUCCCAAUGAAUAGGACCCCCUUCCAGAGAUGGAUUGCACCGCUCAUAGUUAUGGCCCAGGUUGGCAACUUCGACAUUUUCGAUUUCAUAUGGGGGCAGAAAAAAGGGAAGGACAAGCAUGGGGACUUCAGGUCCAUGACACCAGUGGACGCACUUGUCCAACACGGUUGGAAGCUACCGAGAGUCCCCGGUAUGCAACGCCACCAAGAUGUCUUCGUGUAUGAUGCAUACUGCAUGGUCUACCUCGAGUCCUAUGAUCGAGCCGCCAGGCGCUGCAAUGAGAUCUUCAAACAGCGCGGCAUGUGUGUGACGCUUCCUGGGUGCCCUGACUACGACAAGUUCUUGGCGCAUCACUUCAAUAAGGGACGCAAUUUUCUCUACAAGCUCCUUUUUGCAUCCCCGACUUCCCAUGUAAGUGAUGACAGGCCGCUUGUGGCAGAGUUUGUCAUGAGGGAGCUAGCGUGUUGCCAAACCGACGCUGAAUUCAAGAGAAGGGUCGAGUUCAAGGUCAAAGCUGGUAUAACUGCCAAGAGGCAAGCAUGGGGACAACUGACAUUGGAGGAGUUGGGAAAGCUGGUGGUGGCGAAAGAGUCCAAAGUCAGCUCUGGCGACAAAGGCAAGGCCAAGUCCAUUUCCAACGACACCAGUUCCGACAAAUCUGGCAAAGCUACCAUGACCACGGCAGGCGUUGAGGACACCAUCGAAGGAACCACUAUCAACAAGGACACCACCGAAGUUACCCCUCCUACAACUAUGAAAGACACGAAGGCUCCUGCUACCACUCCAACCACUACGAAGAAGAAAGACACGAACACAACCGAAGGAGACAACAGUGGGGGUAACACAACCGAAGGAGACAACAGCGAGGGUACGAAGGACACAAAGGACACGAGAGACACGAAAGGUACUACGAAAGGAGACAACAGCACGAACACGAAAGACACGAAAGGAGACAACAGCACGAACACGAAAGACACGAAAGGUACGAAAGACACGAAAGACACGAAAGGUACGAAAACCAAAGGAGACAACAACACCAACACGAAAGACACGACCACCACCGAGGAAGGAGAAGGAGACACCAGCAUGAAAGCUCCUCCUACCAACACCGCUCCUUCUCCUACCGACAUAGCUUCUCCUACCGACAUGAAAGUCAGUGCCGACAAUGAUGUUGAAGCAACCGCUGUUGACAGUGUAGAGGCGGCCAUUGGCGACAUGACCAUCAAUACCACGACCGCGAAAGCAAAACCUACCGCUAGCGCAAAACCAAAACCUACCGCCGAACCUACCACAAACACCGACACGAUACCAGUAGCCGUGGCUAUACCAUUGGGCCGAAUGGGUAAGUUAUUCUUUCCGGCGUCAAACAUUGAUGUUUUAUUUUACAUUCUUCCUUCCAUGUAUCCUUCCGUGUCACGACUCAUUUGUCUGCUUUUGGUCCUUUAUUGUGGGAAUUUUGGCGCGUUUGCUUGCGCGAAAAUUUUGUAUUGA